AUGGUAUUAAAUGAAUUACAAAGGAAGCGAGUGAAGAGUAAAGUCCUAUACAGUGAGCUUGAUCUCCCGUACAACAGGUAUUUGGAUACGCUGAAAAGGGUGAGCAAUUUGACCAGCCGUGUCCUCUCCGGACAAUUAGACAAAGACGAUCCUCUCAAUGCACGAGAGAUCCAAGAAUUGAAGGAAACGGCUCAAUUGCGGUUUUUAGAAUUGCAGAAUUCCAUCGAGGUGAUGAAAGUAUCCACCGAGAACUGGCAAUCUAAUAACGAAUUGUCGAAACUGAAUGCCGAGGAAGGCGCCAAAGAGGCUUUACCUGCGGUGAAGAGUGUACACAAACAAUUACUUCAGAGAAUGCAAGCGAUACGAAAUACAUAUGACAAUGUAACUGCUCAUAACACUGAGAUUGAACAGCUAUCAGAGGGCAGAACGACUCUGUCUGUCUCACGAGAACAGUGGGAGGCCCAAUUGGGCGCCGAAUUGACUAAGCAACUGAUCGAGAAGAGCGUGUUAAGAGUGGACAAUAAUUCGUCCGUUGAGAAAUACCGUGUCUAUGGUGAUUUCUCUGUAGGUCUCAAGGAGUCCAAACGCUGUAAUGUCGAAAUGAAGUCUGAUAUCGCGAAACUGGCCGAUGAGGUGAAUCUGUACAAACACAAGUGGUUGAAGGACGCCAACGUAUUUUCGAAAAUCACUGCAGUUUUGCAAGAGGAAUUGACGAGAAGGGACUUCGAGGAUCAAAAUAUGCGGGGAGAUGAGGAAUCUCAAGAAGAGGAAUCCCAAGAAGAGGAGGAGGACGGAUUUGCGAGUCCGAGGGAGAGGAAAGUAGAUGAUCACCACGAAGAUUUUGACACUAUUGAAGUAGACGAGGCUGUCGAUGAGAAUGAGUCUGCCAAUGACGGCGAGCUUGGUGGGGAAAACGAAAACAACCCUUCUGAUGUGAUUCUUGAUGAUGCCGGUGAGUUACAAAACGGUGAAUCCGAGGUAAUUGACAAGAACGAAGAAGACCAUGCUGAUGAAGAAAUCGGGGAUGAAAUGCAAGUUGAUGAAGAACCUACUGAGCCUACGGGACCCGUAGAGAGUGGAAAGAUAGAACGUGAGACGCAAGAAGCUCCACAGAGCGUUGCCUUAGAACAGGAUUUGGAAAACCUUAGUCCGUCACCGUUGAUCGAAUAA